AACCUGAUUUCUGAGUUGGCCGUUUGUACUCUGCUAUUGUCUGUAGUUACUGUAGAGUAUGACACCACUGCCACCAUAUUCCUUUAGGGAAUUAUCGACGUGUCAUCAUAGACAUAGGUCUUCCUGUGUCUAUGAACGUAAACAUUGCAACUCGCACAUAAGCACCGCCUUUAUCUUACUAUGAGCCAAUGGGAGUAGGAGUUUCUCAUCUAGGGUUGACCAUGACGCAAUGGGCCAAUCAUAACGAAGCGUCUUCAGAAUUUCCCCGCGAAGCAAGGGAAAAAGUGGGCAUGAACCUAAGUUGAGAAACUUGGUGCGGUGUCUGAAACGUAAUGGGCCUCCUGUAAUCGUUAGGUUUGGGAGCCCCAUCGAUUACUUGCUGACGUCCCCUCCCCUCCACAUGGAUCCCAGUGGCAGUGAGCUGGACUCCAGUCUCCCGCUACCCGAGAACCCGUGCUUGAUCGUAGAGGACUCGCAACCUGAUAGCCCAGCGCUAGAGGACGAUCCCGAGAGCAGCUACCGCACCCUGCUAGCCAAACGCCUGUCCAACCUACAGCCCCCUGCCCCGAGUCCUGUGCUGGAACUGAUUUCCUCCCCUCUCCGAGACAGAGUUUCACCGACGGAGAACCAAACCAGUGGGAACCACAACAACCACGCCCUCGAGCCAGACCAGAGCUUGGAGGAAAGUAGUCCAGUAUUUGAUAUUGUCUCAUCAGGUGACACAAAAAGAUUGGCUAUGGAGGAUGUGGAGUCCGGAGCAGACUCCACCACUUGUGCUCAGACUGAAGGGAAUAUGUCUCAGUUUGGGUUGCUGGAGCUGUCAGAAAGUCAGGGAUUCCAGGACGAGUCCCAGAAGAGUGAUGGUAGGAGGACAGCAGGACGGGAGGCCCAGAGCCAAGAUUUAAGAAGAUCUGAGGUGAGCUCCAGCAGCAAGGAGAGCCAGAGGCUGAGCAUCCAGGCCCUGCUGCACUCCCAGGCUGUGGAGGAUGAGGACAUAGUGUCCUCUCAGGAAGACCUGUUCGAAGGGGAGGAGGAGAGAGCCGGUACCCAUGUUGACAGCACAGUGAAUGAGUGUGGCGGCCGCUCCAUGCCCACGUCCACCCCUGCCAACAGCCUCCACCUUCUCCACCUGUCUGGCCAGGGCACUCUGGUGCAGGAGAGCCUCUCCCAACAGUCCCAGGACUUCGUGGCUGCCACACAGGAGAGAAUGAGCCAGGCCCCCCUUAUUGUCCCCAACUCCCCCACCGGAGAUGAACCAAUGGACAUCUCCAACACUGAAGAUAACCAAUCACAAAGAGGACAGGAUCGGCCCAAAGGCAGCAGUCCAGUUCCCAAGCCACGCCCCACAUCCACUCCAGUAUCCCAGAAUUCUCCUGGUUUUGUGCUGGACAAGAGUUUACCUCUGCCCAGCCAACCUGAGUUUUCUCAUGACACAUUCAUGGCCACUCCUAGUCUGGAACAGCAGAGGACCAGUGGUCUCUCCUCAUCUCAGACACAGAGCCCCCCUACAGCUGUGAAGACCUCCUCCUCUAAGCUAUGCCCUAGACCUUCUCUCCACAACCUACCCGCUGCUGCUGCUGCUGCUCCUGCUCCACAAAAACAUGGGUCUACCGCAGCCCAACCCAAACCGGCGCCCCCGACCGCCUCCUCCCAGGCCCCAGAGGUAGGAGCCUCCUUCCAGCUUGAGCUCUCCUCGACCAGUCAGCCCAGCAUCUUCUUCCAGAAGACCCAGAGCUUCCUUAGCGACGAGGAUGAGGACGAGGACACGCAGAUAGAGGAGCAGGAGCCGGAGCAGGAGGCUGCGGGGGUAGAUGCCAGUGAUGCUGGUCCGAACCGCUCCGCGGCUGCCAGUCACUCAAACACCUCCGGUGGUCGACCAGGGCCACGCAGUUUUGGACCUGGUUCUGGGUGUGCAGAGAGGGAGAUCCAUAGGUCUCAGCCGGAUCCGGCCCGGCCCGCCUCUCAAAAUGUGAAUGUAAAUCGAUCCUUGAGUCAGGGCUCGGCUCAAGCAAUCAGUGCCAAACCCUUGGGUGGUGGUCUCUCCCUGCUGGGGCGGGUGGAGAGCUCUGCUCCGAGGCCUUGUCCUACUCCCGGUGUCCCCGGUGGGGUGCCUUCUAGCUUGCCUUCCCAGUCGCUCUCGCAGUCCAUGCUGUCAAGUCACUCUGCCCAAAGGCCUGUCCCUGCCUGCCGGAAGUCACAGCCCAGCAGCCAGGCGGGCUACCAGACACCAAGCCAACGCAGCCAGCCUCUGUCCCAGAAAUCCCAGCCUCAGCCCAGCAGCCAGGCGGCCUCCCAGACACCAAGCCAACGCAGCCAGCCUCUGUCCCAGAAGUCACAGCCCAGCAGCGAGGCGGCCGCCCAGUCACCAAGCCAACGCAGCCAGCCUCUGUCCCAGAAGUCCCAGCCCAGCAGCGAGGCGGCCGCCCAGACACCAAGCCAACGCAGCCAGCCUCUGUCCCAGAAGUCACAGCCCAGCAGCCAGGCGGCCUCCCAGUCACCAAGCCAACGCAGCCAGCCUCUGUCCCAGAAGUCCCAGCCCCAGCCCAGCAGCCAGGUGGCCGCCCAGUCACCAAGCCAACGCAGCCAGCCGCUGUCCCAGAAAUCACAGCCCAGCAGCGAGGCAGUCUCCCAGACACCAAGCCAACGCAGCCAGCCUCUGUCCCAGAAGUCCCAGCCCCAGCCCAGCAGGCAGGUGGCCGCCCAGUCACCAAGCCAACGCAGCCAGCCUCUGUCCCAGUCACCAAGCCAACGCAGCCAGUUUCUGUCCCAGUCACCAAGCCAACGCAGCCAGCCUCUGUCCCAGCGGUCCCAGGGGGCAGCACAUAGCCAAGAGAGGGGGAAAGACCUGGGUGAGAUGGACGUAGAGACGGGCGAAGGAAAGGAGGAGGGGAACGACAGCGCUGAAGGAGCUGGAGCCUCAGGCCUGUGCCUGGCUCUCUCUCAGACCUUGGACCUGGAGCCGAUGGAGGAGGCAGAGACCCUACAGCUGGCACCCGGGCCUCCGCACACCAAAGGAGGCCAGACGAGCCCCGGGGGUCCCUCAAGCUCCCAGAGGAGCCAGAGGAUGAGCCAGCAGAGGGAGAGGGAGAGGGAGAGGGGUGUGUCAGCGUCAAAGCCCACUGUGGGCAUCCGCAGCCCAGAGAAGAGGAAGGAGAUAGAGAAGAGCAUCUCCCCAGGGAAGGGCUCUCUCUCUCAGCCCGAGAGGGGCUGUAGAGUGGAGCCAGGGCCCCACCGGUCCCAGUCCCAGGGCCUAAGUGACAGCUCAGGGGAUAUUCCCUUCCACUUCACCCUGCCUAAAGAGGGGGAGCUCAUCCGGCCCGUUGUCACGGCGACUCCCCCACUCAUCUCCCAGCUGAAGAAGACGCCGAGGCACAGCACUCCCAUUGAGAUGACAUCAUUCUCAGAGGCAUCAGAAGGGGACGUCACCAGGGAGACCAUCAUGGCUGACAGCGAGAUAAUGGCAGAGGAGAGCGUGGAGGAGCCGGCCACCGCCGAGGCCUCUGGGAAACUGAGUCUGCGUAUGAAGCUGGUGACCCCAGUGGAGGAGGGGAGCUCUGGGUCAGAGCGCUUCAGUCUGCAGAAACCACCAUUAUCAGACGAUGAUGGCUCUGUUGUCAAGGCUACCACUGUUGCCAAGGCAGUAUCUAGUCCAUCUGUGUUCAGUCGUGUCCGUGAGGCCCACCGCCAGGAGGAGGCUGCGGAGGAGGCCCAGCCUAGUUCUCCCUCUGCUCCUCUUAGUGGAGGUCCGCUUAACUCUUCCCAGAAGAUGGGCGGAGCCUCUCAGGACUCUGACUCGAGGCCCCGUCCCCUGGUUACUAGCACCCAGCUCAACAGCCAGGAUGUCCACCAAUCGCAGGCCCUCUCUCCCUCAUUACAGAGGGGCACUGUGGGUAAUGGGACUCUGGGAAGGCUCUCCCAGAAGGCCAACGGUGCUGCUUCUGAGAGUCCUCUUCAACAUGGCCCCACUGGGACGCCACAGAGAUACGCCGGUCAGUCAGCACAGGUGGGCGGGUCAGAGUUGCCCCUGCCCAGAACUCCCGUCAAGCAGCGGGCGGUGUCACAGCAGACCAGCUUUGAGGCACCUGCCUCCACCAGCUACACACCCAGCAAGUCCCACCAGAGGGCCUUCUCCCAGCAGACCAGCUUUGAUGCAGCAGGAGCACAGAACUUAUCUGGCAGAGGCGAACCAGAGCUGUCUCCCCCUCGGCCCACCCCAGGAGUGCACCUACGCAGGCACGUGCGCACCAUCCAGGAAGUGCGGACUACGGUCACGCGCAUCAUCACAGACGUGUACUAUGACGACGGACGUGAGGUGGACCGCAAGGUCACUGAGGAGUCAGAGGAGCCUGUGGUUGACUGCCGGGUGCUGGAGAAUGACCUCUCACCCUCGCGCACGGGCAGCUCCAUGACCUCUGGUGACCUCGCGGACGUCAGCUCCCUCUCCUCCAAAGCCUCCAGCCUGGCUCACAGCAGCUCGGGCAGCAUGGGGACGGGCACAGGCUCUGGCCGACGGCCAGACUUCCUCAUGCCCGCUGGCCGCGGCGCUGCCAGGGGUGGCAGCCCCAGGAGGGGGCGCAAGCAACUGCAGAGGCCUGUCUCUGAGCAAGCCACAGUGCAGGGGCCAUGCCCUUUGACCCCAGUCACACCUCGUGGCAGGUCACGGCGAGGCAGACCCCCCUCACGCAGCCCUCAGAGCAGAGGUGGACGAGCUGGAGCAAACAACAUCCAGCCUGCACCAUCAUCAUCCUCGCCAGAGGAGGAAGAGCGAUUCACCCGUAUUACCACAUCCCCUCCCGGACCGUCUGCACGCGCUGGGGGGGCCUCGUCCGACAGCAGCCUGGUAGGUCUGCGGGUGGUGGCCAAGUGGUCCUCCAACGGAUACUUCUACUCGGGGCGCAUCACGAGCGACCUUGGUUCUGGAAGGUUCCGGCUGCUCUUCGACGACGGCUAUGAGUGUGAAGUGCAGGGUCGGGACGUGCUGCUCUGUGACCCCAUCCCCACGGAAACCGAGGUCACGGCAAUAGCUGAGGAUGAAUACUUCUGCACUGGUAUGGUGAAAGGCCAUAAGGCGGUGGGCAGGGAGCUGCAGUACUGUGUGGAGAGGGAGGGCCAGCAGCAGUGGUACAGCAGGGCCUCGGUCAUCCUCUCCAUGGAGCAGGGGAGCCGCCUCCGAGAGCAGCACGGCCUCGACCCCUACGAGCCCCUCACGCCCCUCACCAAAGCCGCCGACAUCAGUCUGGAUAAUCUGGUGGAGGGUAAGCGUCGUCGCCGUGGCAACACAGGGCCAGGAGUGAACACGCCCAAUCGCAGCUCCAGUACCAGCAACCCGCGCACCCCAGGGCCUUCUGGGAAGAGGAAGCUGAUGAGCUCCACUGAGGAGGAGCAACCCGCCGAGCGCACGCCCGCCAAGAGGGGGCGCAAGUCCGGCCCCAACAAAGCGGGUUUGCGUGCUGCUGUGGGUACGGCGGUGAGCAACACCUCAGGAAGCGACGCUGGUGACCUGUCCAUCCACGGUUUGCAUGCGGGGGCUGGUAUAGGCGUGUGCAAUACCUCGGGCAGCGGCACGGAUGUGCCCUCUGACCCCAGUGACCUCCUGACCAGCCAUGGGCCGCUCCCCACCAGCGAUUCCCUCUUCAUGGGUUUCGCCUUCCUGCUGACGGCCGCCUCGGUCAACGACCGCCUGUCCAACCUGGCCACCAGUGAUGAGGAGGAAGACUACCUGCAGACGGCUCCUUAUAAUAAGCACUACAUCGUCAGCCAGCUGGAGGCGGGGGGGGGCCUCGUUCUGCCCGACUUCAACGAGGAGCAGUGUAAAGCGGCCUAUCAGAGCCUGCUGAUUGCUGACCAGCACUGCCGGACCAGGAAGUUCCUGCUGUGCGUGGCGAGCGGUGUGCCGUGUGUCUCCAACGCCUGGGUGCGGGACUGCUGCCAGGAGCAGAAGCUGCUUAACUACAGGAACUACCUGCUGCCCGCUGGCCUGGGCCCCGACCAGCGCGUCGUAGAGUGGCACCCACGCUGCAGCCCGUUUAAGGCCCUGAGGGUUCUGCUGGUGUUUGGGGGAUCAGCGGAUCUGUGGGCGGAGCUGCUGAAGCUGACUGGAGCGACCAGCGUGAAGCAGGAGAAAGGAGGGGAAGACACUGACAUUCCAGCAGAUACAUUUGAUGUGAUGGUGACUGAGCGGGCCUGUCCUUCUGCGGUGGUGAAGCGCGCGAGCUCCCUCGUCCUGCCUGUGGUCUCCCUUGAGUGGCUUGUCCAGAGCCUGAUCGUUGGAGAGCGCCAGGACUACGGCACUGACCCCCAGUAUCGCCAUGACUACGACCUAUGAACUGCUAACCACCCCUUCCCCAAACUACCACCACUACUCCCCCUGUACCACCCUUAACUCAACAUCAGCUGCUCUUUUGAAUGUGUGCAACAGUGUUGGAAUGGCCACAGCCCUGGCCUCGGAUCAAUUCAUGUAUUUUCAUCCGUUAGUGCAUUGUGAUUGGGAUAAGGUCAUAGAAGAGAUCAGAUCUGGGAUCAGUACUCGGUGAACCCUCUUGUGAGCGUGCACGGAGUUAUUAGUGUUGGUGCAUGUCUCCCCAUGUACAUAGUUUUAACCUGUCUGUUUUUAUGCAGUAAUAAAUUGUGAUCUGUUUGAUUUGUA